UGCGGCGCCAUCUACCGAAAGAAGUGGUAAAUGAAGUGACUUCUCCCAUAGAAUAACCCGCCAUUCCGCUUGCCCGGUAGUUACGGAGCCGGCUGCGUUCUGGAACUUCAGCCAUACUUCAUAAUCGCAGCUAGUCAUCCAGAGCAUGUCGGCGGAGGAGCUCAACCUGCUGUCGGGGCUGUGGCAGAAGCUUAUGAUACACGACUGCGAGUACGGUUGGCCGGUGCGCCACCUGAUGACUUGGUGUUGCCCACUGGUAAAGGCCGAGUACCUGGAGCCCGGCGCCGAAGGCAGGUUCCGCCGCUUUGUGCGCGAAAGGCCUAGCUUCUUUGAAUAUGACAGCAAACUGGAUAGAGUACGUGUGGCCAAGAAUUCGCCGCACGCUGCCAUCGAAAGGUGGCUGGUCAAGUACUUAACGCUACAGAUAUUGGGAGGACACUGCGAUGUUGGCGCCGAGGCCUCUGAUAGAUGCCAGUCGGCUCUCCCAAAAUACAUGGCUGCCCAUCUGAAAGCCAUAUACGGAGGCAGUUUGCGGCUCUUUUGCAAGGCGCACCCGUCAGACUUCACACUCGACAGCAGCGGCGCGCAUCUGGCAGGGCUGACUGUAGGCUGCCUUGAGAGGAUCAUGGCGUCGUACAGAAGGGAAGGGGACCUCGUAUAUUUUUUCGCUGAUCUCCUGAACAAGAUUGGAGCGACGGGGGAGAAGCCGUGCCCCGGACACGCGCUCAGUUGGUACCUCGAUUUCAUGAGGAGCAACGACAGAAGGCUGCUGUUUGAAAACUAUCGCGACAAUCUGGACGUGUUCUUUCUGCUUAACCCUGCAAACUUCGGGAUGACGAGAGCCGAAAACGGGUCGGUUUACCUUAGGAACCGUGACCCGCACUACGCUGCAGCUUUGUUUCUAAGACAGCAUCUCCAGAUCCAGGGCACGUCCGUCGUCUCUCUGAAAGAGCUCGUAUUGCGAGUCAAGUACGCGUCGUCACCGGUGACACAAUACCUCUUUCGCGCCAGAACUGCGGAAAGAACAGUGAGGAAAAUAGUCUUGGGCCACCCCGCCUUAUUUCACAUUAAUGAGACGGGUGACAAGCUUCGGCUUCGCUAUAAGUACCCGUCAGGUGCACCUUGGAACACAGACGCCGAAGUGUUGGCGGUGACCUAUUUUUUUGACAUCCUCAAUGACAUAGGUGCGACGUCACCUUCGAGGGCAAUAUGCUUUAAUUACAUCAUAUGUGCUGCUAGUGCUGCGCCACCGAAGUGCAACGGUUACCUGGGCACCGUUUACCCAGGACUAGAAGUGAUCGGACUGUUUCACCUGCACCCUGGCAUUUUCGACCUGUCCUCUGUUAACCGCGUUUCUCUACACACGAAGGACGCACCAGAGACAUUGCCCACCAAGCUGCGUAGUGAACAGCAGAUCGAAAAGCAAGCGGUCGAGUUUGCAGCCAAGUUAAUCAAAUGCAUGUUCUUCGGCAGCGGUGGGACGACCAACUUGCCCCUGAGGCUGCUCGGUACAUGA